CAAACAUGUACCAAAGUUCCUUCCUGAUAAAACUCAAGUAAAUCUGGACAGGGCUCUGCCAAAUACUCCAAGUCGUUCUAUAUCUGCUGUUCAUUUGAUGGGUUCAGUUUUUGUUUUUCUGUCUGAGGCCGUCUCAUCUCUCAUAUCUGGUUUAGGUUAGGGUCUCACAUGUGCUCUGAUUGGCUUUGGAUGGAUGGGUAUGUUUUCUACCACACCCUGUUAUAAAUCUUUUUCUAGGCAUUUUCUGUGGAUCAAUCUGGAGUACACCAACGGAACAGAGCAAAAUUGCUUUUUUCAGAUUUAAAACUAAAACAAAGAGACGCACUUCUAUAGUUAUUCUGCUUCUGUUUUUCAUUAUAUUAAGCUACGUGGUAUUUCUGUUACUAGGUAGAGAAGAAACGACAUAUUUAUUCAUUUUCUAUAACAGUAGGAAUUACUUUAUAAUUUUCAUAGGCAGUGCGCCUCCUUGAAGUUCUUUUUUUUUUUUUUUGGAACGCGUAAAAACGCACGACGACUCUUCAUGGCACACAUGUGCAGGCAGAUUACAGGCAGCGCGGCGAGUUGUGCGGGCUGGGUCGGGGUCAUCGUCGCUACAGCCACCAACGAUUGGGUCCGGACCUGCGACUACACGGUGGCUACCUGCGUCCGCAUGGACGAGCUGGGGUCCCGGGGCCUCUGGGCGGAGUGCGUCAUCUCUCCGGCGCUUUACCACUGCGUGGCCCUCAACCAGAUUCUCACGCUGCCCGCCUACGUCCAGACGUCUCGUGCUUUGAUGAUCUGCGCAUGUCUGAUGGGUCUACCAGCGAUGCUGCUAGUCCUCAUGUCUAUGCAAUGUGUCCGGCUGCAGAAUGAUAACUCAACCAUCAAGCGGUGCCGCUCCCGGGUGGGAGGCGUCCUCUUCAUUCUCAUGGCUUUGUGUGGCAUCAUAUCGACUGUGUGGUUCCCCAUUGGUGCUCAUAAAGAGGAAGGCCUGAUGUCGUUUGGCUUCUCACUAUAUGCUGGAUGGGUUGGUUCUGGUCUCUGUCUCCUGGGCGGCUCAGUGAUCUUGUGUUGCCAGGGAACCGAUCCAGGCAUCCCAAGCAGGGAGAACAGCUUCUACUACUCCAGGCAGAGGGGUACGGCCAUGCCGCUGGAUCCUCCCGCCAACCACGCCAAGAGCGCAAACGUGUGAUGGACUGCCUCUCUGUCUUUAAUUGAAACUGUUCAUUUUAUUUCAACACAUGCCUUGAUUGUUAAGUUAGUGAUUAUCUUUGGCCUGCUUCGAGUGAUCAAAAAUGUGUAUUCUACUCAAAAACUUUAUCUUCAGCUGCAGUUGUACACUUUUCUCAGACAGGAAGUAAUAUUUCAAAUAGUGAGGUUUUUCUCUCUUUUUGUUGGCUCUCUGCCUGUUAACUGUCCAUGACCUCAACUGAACACGACUCAAGUUAAUCUUGUCCUGUCAGGAGGAUUUGAUCAGAUUAGCAGCGUCUACAGAUUCGGCAGUGUUUUGUUGCCUUUACUGAAUGUGUGGACAAGUUUCUGUCAUUGUAUUUGUAUGAUUACUAUUCUUUAAGCUGCAUGAACACUUUCAAACUCUUUUCAAAAUAUAAAAAACAAGCCUAGGCUAACUUUUAAUUAUAAAAACGUUUUUACCAAUAACUGCAAUUUACAACUCAGCAUAAUCAAUGUCAAUUAUCUGUGUGCCUGUAUUGAUGUCUGUCCACUGUUACACAUAAUAAAAGCUUUAACGUC